AUGGCUCACUGCAUCAUUUGCAUGUGGCCGGACGCGACGGCCUGUGGCCAGUGUAAGAGCGCGCACUACUGCUCUCGCAAGUGCCAGAAGACUGACCGGGAGUCGCACAAGCUGGUCUGCAAGCCGUUUGCGCAGAUGGGCCCCCGCCCUUCAUCUGAUCACUACAAGGCUCUGCUUUUCCUGACCGAAUCCACAGCUCCCAAGCCAGUCUGGGUACAAAUCUCCAACACUGAUGACUUCCCUUCCGUUGAUGGCGCACCAACAGUUCCAAAGCUGCGCUUCCUCUCUGGCGGUGUGUUCCAAUACGAUCAAUCUCCGGUUAAUCAAAGUUUCGCCACAGCCGUUCGCCCGUUCACUGCAAACCCAAGUUUGCAGUUCAAGGGUCCGGUCCUAGCAUACACGAUGAUCGAAUACACCUACGAGCAAAUGUUGCAAAUGGAAGAGGCCGGCGAGGAGGAACCUAGGGAGUACGAAUACCUUGAUAUUUCCCUCAGUUGCUUCAGAGACUUGGUGGACUUCUCGAUUCACCAUGAAGCCAGAGAGACAGAUUGCAUUCUCCCAAAGAAGACGAUGCGGCCUCAAAAUGGGCAAGUGGCUGUGAAAGCCCCAUUCGCGGGCGGCGAUCAAUCCGCCAUCUCACCUAUCUCACAGAUUCUGGGUACACCACUGCGACUGAAUGCGCUCGACACCAAGGCUAAGUCGGCAGGCUACAAUGAUGGCUGUCCCAAUGCAUCUUUCCUGAUGAUGGACCUCGACAUCACAAGCCCGACGUGGGGCACUAUUACGGAAGCCUGGCGAUUCCCCGGCUCAGUUCUGGUCGGUCAAGUUAAUGGCUCGAACAUCCAAGAUCACAUUGCAGCCACGAUGGCCAGAUUCUGUAUGGAGGAGGUCUAUCCACGAGUGAAGAAGGCAUUGCAGGACGGUACCAUGGAAGCGAAGGAGAAGACCAUGAAACACGUAUGCCUGGAGAUGCACUACAACUACAGACGAGACGAUUACCCAUACAACUUGGCUGUGCCUCGUCGCGCCAAUGUGAUCAACCCCAUGGACAUGAUGGCCGCAUACCAGUCAUACAUUUCGAGCCGUCGCUUCAACUAG